AUGUCAAUGCAGGAGUUCUCGGAUAAUUUGUCAACUUUGUCGUACAUGUCUCGACGCCGCAUCCCAACGUGGGUAUAUGAUCCCAAGAAUAAAACUCUUUUCGGCCGCACAUGCUGCAGCUGGACUCUCUGUAUUUUGUUCUACUUGGUAUAUUAUGUUUGCCUUGCAACAUUCUUUACCUGUUUAUUGUGGUUGGUGUUGUAUUGUAACGCUCCAGAGAACCAACCGGCUAGAACUGGGGCUCAAAGUUUACUAGAUUUCAAGCCAGGCCUUGGAUUCCGUCCACUAUUGGAUGCUCAAAAGUCCCUCAUUCGUUAUUCAGCUGACGAUGCACAGACCUAUCUGCCAUACACCCAAAAUAUGGACGCGUAUUUAGAUACAUAUAAUCAGGUUAACGCGAAACCUGACAGUCAAUUCGCCAAUUGUAAAGGCAAGGAAGGAGAAACAAAAGAUGUGGAUAAAGUCUGCAAAUUCCCUCUUGAAGUUUUAGGACCUUGUAAUACUGCAAAUAAUUAUGGUUACAAUAAGGGGACACCUUGUGUUCUCCUUAAAGUAAAUAAAGUGUUUGGAUGGAUGCCGUCUAUUGAGAGACCAUCUCAAUCAAAUGAUAUCUUGGUUAGUUGUUCUGGACAAAACUCUGCAGACGAGGAAAAUAUUGGUUCAUUGGCUUAUUAUCCUUCUAAAAAUUUUAGUGGAAAACAAUAUGGGGUAUUCAGUAGUGCUUAUUAUCCAUAUCUUGGACAAGCGGGUUAUCUUGGCCCAAUAGUUGCUGUGGAAUUUAAAUCACCUAAAAAGAGUGUCGCUAUUUUGGUUAAAUGUACAAUUUCAAAUGUGCUAAAUGCUAAUAAAGAUGAACUGAAUUUUGAAAUAAUGGUAGAUUAA